AUGCCAUCCGAGGCCUCCUUCUACUUCUUUUUGGGAGCCCUCACCGUCGUCCUCAGCAGCCUGUUGUUUGCGUCGGAGGCGUGGAUGCACCUCGAUGAUGUCUUUGGUGGGGAUGGCCAAGGGGGCCACCUGAGUGUUCUGCGCAAUGGCGAGCCCGCGCUUCUUGGCUCUGUGAUUGGCGGGGCGGCCCUGUUUUCCACAGACGCCUUGGCGAGGGAUGGCGGUGCCGAUGUCGCCGAGUCUUUGGCGAACACCGCAGCAGCCUCGAGCAGCAGCAGCGGCAGCACAUUCAAUGCCAACGGGUCGGUGGCUGUCGUCGUGCUGGGUGUCGCGUCGCUGCCGGACGGCAUCAUUACGAGUGCGUUCAAGCAGCGACUACUGCAGGGCGUCCGCGUGGCGUUGUUGACAGGGUCCCCGUGGGUCGUCGUCCCCUGUGGGCUGGAAGAGCGCAGAAAUGCCGAAGACUUCCUUUGGGGAUUGCAGCCCCCCGGCGAAGCGCUCUUCCCCGACGCCGUUGUGACGAUGAUGCCGCCGUCACUGCAGGGGCUUGCACGGCAGAUUCGGGACUCGAUGGCCUUCGAGGCGUCGUUGAAGACUUGGAUGCAGCGCGGACGGAUAAUUGAGCGCCUAUCGGAUGCUCUCUAUGCUGAUGCCCCUGCCGCCGACACAACAACAACAACAACAACCUCGACGGCCGGCGAGGAUAUGUCCUCACCGCGUUUGCUGCGUUACGGAUCCUCCGAGUGGAUCCUCCCAGGCAUUGUGUGGGGGGAGGUGGACCGUUCGCGAGACACUGCGACAGUUACAGAAGCGAUGCGAGCUGUGGAAUUGCUGGUGCGGCGUAUCUUUUACGUUCAUCUCUACGAUCAAAAGGAGAAUAUACAGAGGCAGCCGGUGGGUGAGCCGGCGUGGCUUCAGAACGACUGCUUUAGUGUCAUCGUGGUGGGCAGCAUGUACAAUGAAAGGUACAUGAGGGCUAUCUUUUUGAAGGAGAUGCGUCGCGUCUGGCGUUUGCCGCCUCCAAACGGUGCUGCACCGCGACAACCCAUGCGGGAGCAGCAGCAGUUUUCACCAUCGGUGUUGACAGCGGAGUGUGUGCGUGUGCUAGUCACAUCUGCAGACGACGCCGAGCCUGCGUUGUUUUUGCCGUCACCUCUGUUCGUCCGUGGACCUCCGUCGUCGCAGUUCAGUCCGAGGUCUAGUGCGUUGGCGCGUUUCCUCGGUGUGUAUGCUCACACAAUACACGUGAAUUAUCAGCGGUGGCUAGCGUGUCUGCAUUGCAGUUUGGUCUCGCAUAGGGCAUUAAGCUUCGUCAAUGAGCUGUUCGUUCUCCUUGGUUCACUCGUCACCGAGACGCUUUCCCUGCAGGACUUCACGCAAACCACCCUUGUCCGACGGCGAGCGACGGACCAUUGA